GGUCAUCCUCAACGUUCUUCCGUAUAAAGAGUGCAGUCGGUAUCUACGAUGUUCGUUUUUUCUAGAAAACCGUUAUUGCCUACCGGAAAAAAAAGUCGCAUUGCGAUAACGUACGACGAUCAUGAACGGCCAAACUGUAGCUGCUGCGGGCAAGAACUAUGAUAUACCGGCAAAGAUGAAGGCGUUACAGUAUUCAGGACCGGAGACGUUUGCGGUUGUGGAAAUUGAUGUACCGGAUAUUGGGGAUGAUGAUGUGCUUGUUAAGAUUUCGGCUUGUGGGGUUUGCGGGACGGAUUUACAUUAUCAUAAAGGGGAGUUUUUGGCAAAGUGGCCCUUGAUUCCUGGCCACGAAGCAACCGGAACAAUCGUCCGCACCGGCGCAAACGCCACCCACUUUCCGCCCGGAACCCGCAUCGCAGCCGACGCCCUCGAACCCUGCCUCACCUGUUUCCACUGCGUCCGCCGCAAACCCCAACUCUGCACCUCAGUCACCGGCUUCGGGGGCAACGUACCCGGCGGCCUAGCCCAAUACUGCCGGUACCCAGCCCGUCUCGUCUUCCCCAUCAGCGACCGCAUCACGGACCUCGAAGCCGUCUGCAUCGAGCCCGCGGCCUGCGCCCUCCACGGCAUCGAGCGCAUGGGCCUGGAAGUAGGAAGCCGCGUUCUGUUAUUCGGAUGCGGACCUACGGGUAUUUUGCUCGCGCAACUGAUCAAGUUGAAUGGAGCAGCGCAUUUGACGAUUGCGAGUAAACCGGGACCGAAACUUGAUUUAGCUCGCAAGAUGGGUAUAGCGGAUACUUACAUCUGCAUCUCCGAUGACGCUGCCGCUGACAUGGCUGCCCUACAUGCCGCCAACCCCCACGGUUUCGAUAUCGUAGUCGAAGCGACAGGUGCGCCUAGCGUCCUCGAGGCUGCAGUCGAUUACGUGCGUAAAGGCGGGAAGUUAGUCGUGUAUGGGGUUUACGACGAGGCGGUUAAGAUCAGUUGGUCGCCGUUUCGGAUUUGGGAAAGGGAGAUUACGAUUCUAGCGAGCUUUUGUAGUAUGAGUCAUAUUCCGCAUGUGUUGGAGUAUGUUGAGGCUGGCGGGUUGAGGUUGGGGGGUAUUGCGGAUAGGACGUUUAGGAUUGAGGAGUGGGGGGAGUGUUUGGAGGCGGUUAGGAGGCAGGAGGUUGUUAAGGCGGUUGUUGUUUUUGAUUAGGGGGAUGGUUGGGAUUGAUAUGGUCUCUUCCAAUGCUCAUUUUGGUUGACUGCACUGCCCGUUCUGUAGCCGCUCCUCUUGGUAGCCUACACCGUAUUGUACAGCUCUUGCGUCUUCUCAAA